GUUGCCAUCUCAUAUAAUUCAACUGCAGCUCUUCCUUUGAGCACACUUCAAGUGAUCUUCUUUAUGUGGAUAUUCUUGGCUUUGCCACUGCUUCUGUUGGGUGGAAUAUUAGGGAAAUCCAUGAAGUCUGAAUUUCGUGCUCCUUGCCAUACUUCAAAGAUUGCACGAGAGAUUCCAUCAGCGCCUUGGCACAAAGGUUGUCUAGCACAAAUGACAUGGGCAGGAUUUCUAUCUUUCAGUAUAAUUCACACUGAGCUGUAUUACAUAAUUUACAGCAUCUGGGGUUAUAAAACACAUACAACUUGCGGGAUUCUUUUCAUUGUUUUCAUUCUACUGGUAAUUGUAACUGCUCUUGCAUCUGUGGGUAUGACAAUCGCUCAACUUCUUCUUGUAAAUCAUGAAUGGUGGUGGAGGUCCUUUCUCUAUGGUGGUUCAGUUGGCAUUUAUGUCUAUGGAUUCUGCCUGUACCAUUACUUCCAAGAUUCAGAAAUGAGUGGUUUCCUGCAAACCUCAUUUUUCUUUGGCUACAUGGCCUGCAUCUGUUAUGGCCUUUUCUCAUAUUAGGCACAGUCGGUUUCUAUGCUUCAAUAUGUAUAUGGUUCUACCAUGAGGAAGACCUGGCUACUUAAUUGUCUUGUAUAUUUUGUCAAUGUGCUUCUCCUAUGGCAAUGUGCCUGCUUAGACAUAGAACUCUGCUAAGAAGCUGUUUAGGAAUGAAGCAAAGGUAAUUUUUUGCUAAGAAGAAAAAGGAAAGAUUGGGCAAAAUAAGAAUAACUUGCCAGAUGUUUUUCAUCCAUUUCUCAUUGUCUCUCUUUCUUUCUUUCCUUCUGUCUUUCUUUUUUGGGUACUUUGUUUUUUGGGCAAACAAGUUGCUUUUCCAAGAUUACUACAUGAAACCAGUUUUGCCCAAAAAAAGCCGUCAACUUGAGUUUUC